UACAGCCUAGCCUAUAUAAAAAGUUCUUACCUUAAAUCUAUAAGGUAGUCUCUGUAUUGAGCGAUUGUAGAUAUUACUUUUUUUAAAUUUGGUUUCCGAAUAAAUGACCCUUAGAAGUGCACACAUACAGCACUUAUAAACAGCAGUUUUAGAAAUACUGUCUGCAAAUGUUAUUCCUAAAGAGUUGCCAACUUUGGAUUGUCGUUGCACUGAUUGCGACUUCCUGUCUUGCUAAUGGUGUUGUAGCAGUGUUUACGGCAUGCGGAGGACAACUCACGGAUCAAGCAGGAGUUAUCCUUUCUCCAAACUUUCCAAAUAACUAUCCAGAUGAUGCUGUUUGUCAGUGGAAUAUAACGGUAGCUCCAAAUCAGAUUAUAGAUUUCAGGUUUAAGAGAUUAGAUUUGGACCGAUGGGACAAUCAAGCUUGUUAUGACAGCGUCUACAUAUAUGAUGGACCCAGCACACAAUAUGUUACUAUUGGAGACUAUUAUAGAUAUUGUGGCCAUAAUGACGAGUCAGUAAUUCCCAACAUGAUUUUUAGAUCUACAAGCAACCACAUGCUCAUUGUCUUUACUUCUAAUGGUCAGAAUAAUAGAACAGGGUUUAGUGCCUCCUACUGGGCACAUGAGUGUCCUCCAUUUACAUACGGUAAAGAAAUAUGCAACACUUCCUGUAUAUGUAACCAAACCAACACCCACUACUGUGUCAGCUAUAACGGAACGUGUGCCUGUAAAUCUGGCUGGACAUCAGCAGACUGUUCCAUGGACGUUGAUGAGUGUCUUGACCCCAACACUUGCCUAGAUCCCUAUUCUAAAUGUGUUAACACUCUUGGAAGCUUUGUAUGUCAGUGUAAACCUGGAAUGGUAAACAUUAAUGGACGCUGUGAAGACUCCAAACUUUGUACCCAGAAGAAGUGUUCGCACGCUUGUGGUGUGACAUCCACGAAUCCCCGUAUUGAGUCAUGCUACUGUCCUAAAGGCAUGAAGCUGGAUCCUGUCAAUAACCUCACUUGUGUUGAGUGUGACAACUGGACAUACGGAGAAAAUUGUUUAAAAACAGCUUUGUGUGACCGAUCCCAAACCGAGUCUUACAACAAAACUAACGGACUCUGUCACUGCUUUUUAGGUUUUACUUCACCUAAAUGUGACUAUGAUGUCAAUGAGUGCGGUCUAGAAAAAACUCCAUGCAGCGAAACUAAUGAUCAUUCCUAUUGUUAUAAUACCCACGGAUCCUUUAAGUGUGCAUGUGAAAUGGGCUACGAACAUAUAAAUGAAACAUUCUGUGAUGCAUGCGGAAAGGUGUUGACAGCCUCCUCUGGACUGAUAGUUGCUGAUUAUCAUUACUCAUCAUAUUACUCUACGCCUACAGUAGAAUGCAGUUGGAUCAUAAAAGCUUCGUUAGGGAAAGUUAUAUCUUUGAGUUUUCAGAAAUUAAAUUUGUGGUACGUUACGGACAGUUAUUUUGAAAAUCGUCCCGCAUAUAUAGAAGUAUAUGACUUUAGAAACAACAGCACAAAGAUGAUUGCUAGAUUUAAUGGAGGACCUUACAGUUCGGUUCCAAAGGGCUUGGUUCGAUCUUCAAGCAACGAAAUGUACAUUGUACUAUAUACUGGAUUUUAUGAUUCCUAUUACGCUAGAACCAAUAGUUAUAGUGCGUUUAGUGCUGCUUAUUGGUCACAUGAAUGCCAGCCUUUUACUUAUGGUUCAAACUGCACACAGCCUUGCUCUUGUAUACAAAGUAAUACUCAGUACUGUAAUAGUACCACUGGUCAAUGUGUAUGUAAACUUGGCUGGAUAUCCACUGAUUGUUCUGCGGACCUUGAUGAAUGUUUUGAGAAUCCUCUAUCAUGUCCUGACUAUUCAACCUGUGCAAACACUAUUGGAAGUUUUCAAUGUUCUUGUAAAGAAGGGCUUGUUAUGAACGAAGGACAAUGCAAAUUCAAUGUUACCAGCAGUGUCAGUUCCUGCACCACAAGAAAAUGUUCCCAUAUUUGCGUCAAACUGCUACAGAAAGGACAAAACAAUGAACAAUGCUACUGUCCUAUUGGCAUGGAGUUAAACGGGGAUCAAUGUGUUGCCUGCAGAAACAACAGAUAUGGACCAGAUUGUUACAGAAGCUGUGACUGUGUACAAAACCAGACAUUGUCGUGUGAUACAAGAACUGGUAACUGCACAUGUUUGCCUCUUUGGAAAGGAGCGAAUUGUUCAACAGAUUAUGACGUGUGUACAGAUAUAUACUCAAAAGACCAAUGUCAAAAGUAUGCUAAUUGUACAGAUACAGGUAGUGCGAUGGGCUACAGAUGUCGAUGUAGCAAGGUAGACGGCUAUAUAGAGGCAGCUAACAGAUCGUGCGUUCCUAUGAACUGUUCUUAUAUAUUGACAUCUAGCACGGGAGUGAUUUCAAGUCCUUUAUAUCCAAACAGUUAUAUGAACAACGCAUUUUGCACCUGGUCGAUAACUGUGCAAGAAGAUUUGGUCAUUUCCUUGAGGCUUACAACUUUCAAAACCUAUUUGGAUGAUCAGUUAGAAAUAUAUGACGGCGAGAAUAACAAAACUAGAUUAAUAGGUCAAUACACUGGCUACAGCAUGCCAAGUGUAGUCAGGACUAGAGGAAACAAAAUGUACCUGGUCUUCAAGUCAAACUGGGUGUAUAAUUAUUAUCAAGGAUUUAAUGGUACCUACAAAUCCCACGCUUGUCGCACCUUCACCUAUGGAACUGACUCCUGUAACAACUUGUGUCGCUGUGUCAAGGAGAACACAGAGUUUUGUGACAAUGUCAAUGGAGAGUGUAUCUGUAAGCCAGGUUGGACUUUGGGAGAUUGUUCUCAAGAUGUCAAUGAGUGUCUAGGUACCAACAAUAAGGUCUGUCCCACUAACUCUGAUUGUAUCAACACAAGAGGAAGCUAUAGAUGUGAAUGCCAUCUGGGUUAUAAGCUGAAUACUACCUCUGCUAACUGUGAAGAGAGCAAAGAAUGUCUGUACAAGAAAUGUUCCCAUGCUUGUUAUAUAGCCAGUGUUGGUGUUGAGAUAUGUGCUUGUCCUGAAGGUUUGGUUCUGGAUACUUUAAAUGAGACAGUUUGUGUUGUACCUUACUAUCCAUAUGGACAAAAUGCAUCUGAUUCUUUGCUAAGUAACGACUUUACCUCUUACAACAACGUCUAUGUGAGCAAAGCUCUAUACUUUAGAUUUGGAGCUCCCUAUGGAAGUGGACUUCAACCAGCAGCAUUUGUGUUAUCUAAUGGUAUAAUUGGAUUUGGAUCAACCUUUCUACCCAUUGGCAGCCACUAUGACAUUUACUAUAUGAAUGUUAAGAAAUUGAAUAUGGUGGCUCCUUUCAUGGCAAACAUCAAUCCCCUGCAAGGUCAGGUGUACCAUCAUUUGUAUGAAAAAUGUGCAAGCAAAUUUUUAAUCGAAAGUAAAACUCAAACUCAAGCAUCUAUGUUGGAGUCUAUUAUCACCAGAGCUGAAAAAAAUAUCCAGGAAUAUAAGAAUGUCAAAAGUUUCAAAGUCAGUACAGUUCUGCUAGUAACCUGGGUAGGAAUGCAGCCAUAUGUCAUUGUUAACCAGACUUCAGAAGUAAAUACCUUUCAAGCUGUUUAUGUGACUGGAUAUGAAACAGAAUCUCAAGAAGAUGCAGAAACAGCCUAUGUCAUAUUCUUAUAUCAAUAUGGUUUAAUGAACUGGGCAUUCUUACCUGAAAGACAAAUUUUCAUUGGAACUACUGGAGAUUUUGAAAACAUAAUUAAAGAUUUAAACACAGCUUUAGUCAGAGCUCUAGAUAGUGUGCCGGGAAAUACUGGUUAUAAAGGUGUGAUGAGCUACAAAGUAGGUCAUGUGACUGGACCACAACAAAGCUGUAAAAAAUACUUAUGUGACCAUGCUGAUCUUUUGACUGACCCUGUAUAUCAGUAUGAGAAGCAACAACUCUACAAAUGUCCAUGUACAUUAGAAAGACUUGGAGCUCAAUGGCAACUGUUUGAAAGACGUGGACCUAAACAAGACAUUUAUUGUUAUGCCAUCAGUAUGGUAGCCAAGCAGAGACUACUGAAGGAAAAUAAGAGAAACAUGUUGUGUUGCUACACCUGGACCAAGCCAGCUAAUGAUGAUUGGAGGGACUGGUUACAGACAUGGAGAGAAGCAACAUACCUUCCUAAGUCUCCUCUGUCUGGUCAUGUUCUGGUCAACAAUCCCUGGUACCUUGGUUUCUUUGACAAUGACCAGGCUUUAGAAAACAUCAGAGCACAUACACUCUGUUGCAGAGAUUCCUACAGUGCUGAUUUGUGUGAUAAGUUUCAUAUGAUAUUUCCUGACAUGGGAUGUUCUGACUUUGCUGAGUUUGUUCUAGCUUCUGCACUGGGUGACCCACAUAUCACAACACUAGAUAGUGUUACAUAUACAAUGAAUGGGUGGGGAGAAUAUGUAAUGCUGGAAGUACCUAGUGAAAAAUUCAUUUUGCAGGCAAGAACAGGAAGAGCAGAAACUCAGAAAGGAACUUUAACUAAUGCAACAGUAUUUAUUGGUUUUGCUGCUAAAGACUCUAACAUAUCAAGUUUUCAAGUUGAGCUUUCACCCUCUAAGACAUCUUUAAUAUUGAAAGCUAAUGGCAUUGAUAUUACCAAUGACUUUUAUAAAGAAAGUGGUCCAGAUAUAAUUGUGUCUACUGCAAACAUAAGUGUGAUAAGAGAAUACAGAAAUAAUAGAACACUCAGCGUAGCCACCUUUCCAUGUGGAGUGUCUAUCACAGUCCAUGUUGCUGUCAAAAGUCUAUUAAUAGAAGUGAAUGUUCCUAAAACUAUGGCAAAUAAAACAAGAGGACUCCUUGGAAACUUUAAUGGCAAUAAAAAUGAUGAAUUUAUUCUUCCUGAUGGACAACUAUUGCCUGCCAAUAUAAGUGAUAGACAAAUAUAUCAAGAGUUUGCCAAGAAAUGGGCUGUAAUAUCAACUAAUUCAGUGUUCAUGUAUGGACCAGGAGAAAACACAAGUCUUUACCAGCAUCCUGAUUUUGAACCAUUCUAUAAAGAUGAAACUAAUCCUGCUCAAUUGGCUGAGGCAGAAGCGCAAUGUGGUGAAUCUAAUGAUGCUUGUAUUUUUGAUUAUCUUGCUACAGGAGAUAAAGUAUUUGCAAGGUACACUAAAGAAUUCAGUCAAGAAAUGAAAAUUAUGGUUCAAAAUCUGGAAAGUAAUCCUCCUACAGUUAGUAUCAGCAAGGAUAACUUAAGUUUUAAGGAACGUUGGUUAGUCAAUCAAGGGAGGACAGCUAUUUUGAAAUUAAUUGCUACAGACAAAGAUAAUGAUGCCAUUACAUUUGAAAUUGUAGACAAUGUUGUUGGUGUCAGCAUCAACCAAACUGGUCAUAUUCAAUACCUUCCAAAUGUUUCUCUUCCAAUUAUGUUAAGGGUAAGAGUCUAUGAUGCUAAGGGAAGCUACUCGCCAUAUUUAUACAUACCCAUAACAAUCUGCCCAUCAUGCAAUGGAAAAGGUGUUUGUAAUGAAGAAACUUCUAUCUUGGAAGAAUAUGAAAAUGGCUGGUUUCAAAUUCAACCAUGUCACUGUUUCCCAGCAUUUACAGGUAAAAAUUGUGAGUCUGAGUUAAACGGAUGUGAGUUGGAUCCAUGUUUUAAAGGACAAACAUGUACAGACCUGACAGCCUUACAGCAAGGAAACAGUUCUGUGGGAUAUAAAUGUGGUCCUUGUCCUAUGGGCUAUGUGGAGAGGAUGGAAACAUGUUUUGAUAUUGAUGAGUGUAAAGCUUCUAGUCCUUGUCAAUACACAUGUACCAACACAGAAGGAUCUUACAUGUGUAGUUGCCCAGUAGGAUAUAGACUUGAUGCUUCAGAUAAAAAUUCAUGCAAAGAUGUCAAUGAGUGUGAAGAGAGAACAUCCAAAUGUGAACAAAAGUGCAUCAACAACAUGGGCAAUUACUCCUGUUCAUGUUAUUCAGGAUACAACUUAGAUAGCAAUGGAUUUAGUUGUACUUUAGAUCCCAGCAAACAAACAAUGUGCUACCAGUGUCAGCAAGUUUGUCAAGUGACAGGAAGUAGUCAGGUCAACUGUAGCUGCAGAACUGGUUAUGAAGUGGAUCCUAAAGAUACAACCAACUGUAAAGACGUUGAUGAGUGUCAAACUGGCAACAAACCGUGCAGUCAAAAGUGUAUAAAUACUUUGGGUGCCUAUCAGUGUUCAUGCUAUUCUGGGUUUAAAUUGGCUAAAGAUCAAUUGUCUUGUGAAGCCUGCACCAGUCCUUACUUUGGAGAAAACUGUGCUAAUGUAUGUCAGUGCAACAAUCACGGAUCAUGUGACCCAGUCAGAGGGUGUGUCUGUAACAAACAGUGGACAGGGGCCAACUGUGAGAUUGAUGUUAAUGAAUGUGCUCAGCCUAAUUCAUGUCCAACUGGCUAUCUCUGUGAGAAUACCAUGGGAUCCUACAAAUGUUUGUGUCCUAGUGGAUACAAGGAGGAAAAUGGACAAUGUAAAGACAUAAAUGAAUGUUUAAUUGAAAGCUUAAAUCUGUGCUUAUAUAAAACUGGAUGUCUUAAUACUAAUGGAAGCCAUAUAUGCACAUGUCAGUCAGGAUUUAAGUUAGGUGAUGAUGGACGAACAUGUACAGCUGAAUGCAGUUCAGGAACAUGGGGUGGAGAUUGUUCUCUUUAUUGUUCCUGUGGAACAGGGGCAGAUCACUGUGAUCCUAAAACUGGUUGUGUCUGCAAAAAUGGCUUUACAGGUAACUAUUGUGAUCAGGACAUAGAUGAAUGUCAGAGUGGUCUACUUAAGUGUGCAAGCAAAGAGAAAUGUAUUAACUUGCAGGGCUCAGCAACCUGUGCUUGUCUAGAUGGUUAUAAUAAAAUCAAUGGCACAUGUCAAGAUAUCAAUGAAUGCAGUAGUACAAAGUCCAACAACUGUUCCCAAGUUUGUACAAACUUAGAAAGUAGUUUCAUCUGUUCAUGCUAUCCUGGUUAUUUUUUCAACACACUUACCCAUAGCUGUACAGAUGUCAAUGAAUGUACACUUGGCAUAGCACAGUGUGAAGGUGCUUGUAUCAAUACUGAUGGAAGUUAUAGGUGUGCAUGCCCAGCUAGCCAAUUUCUACAGUAUGAUGGAGUCACAUGUGGAGUGACUACUCCUUGUGUAACAAAGAAAGACUGCAGUUAUCUUUGUGGUUUGUUAAGUGGUAAGGAACAGUGUUUAUGCCCUAGAGGCUCUGCUAUUGCAGCUGAUGGUAUUCAAUGUAAUGACCUUGACCUUUGUGCAUCCAGCCCUUGUAACUCUGGCUGUAUGGAAACAAAACAAAACACUAGUUUUGAAUGUCUUUGUCCAGCUGGUCAAAUCUUAGCUGCUGAUGGUUUCACUUGUAGUGACUGUGUUGAAGGUAGAUGGGGUUUGUCCUGUAAUCAAAGCUGUAACUGUGUAGCCAUCAACACCAAACAUUGUGACCAAGUCUCUGGAAGAUGCCAGUGCAAGGCUGGAUGGACUGGUCCACUUUGUGACCAAGAUGUGGAUGAGUGUCAAAACUUAGCAAUUUGUCCAACACACACACACUGUAAAAACACAGAUGGUGGCUAUAUGUGUGUAUGUGAUGAUGGUUAUAUUGUUAAGAAAAAAGAUGCUACCUGUGAAGAAUGUGAUGAAGGUUACUUUGGUCCUUCCUGCACUAGAAAGUGUAGCUGUGGAACAAACUUCUAUUGUAAUAAAACUACAGGUUCAUGUUACUGUAAGAAAGGUUGGAAGGGAACCAACUGUGAUAUUGACAUCAAUGAAUGUGAACUUGGAACACACAGUUGCGAUUUAAGCAAAGAGACAUGUCUCAAUACACAGGGAAGCUAUCAGUGUUCAUGCAAUGACGGUUUUUACAAGAGUUGCAAUUCCUGUCAUUGUAAAGAAUUUUCUCAUUACUAUGUCAAUGUGACAUUGGACAUGAGUGUUGGUGAAAAAAAACUGGAUGAUAAAAACAGUGAUGACUAUAAACAGCUACAGGCAGCUAUUGAAACCCAGCUGACAAAUAAAUUAAAGGACUCAAAACUCUCCAUUUACUCAGUAACUGUAAAUAAUUUAAGAAAAGGCAGUUUAAUAUCAGAUAUAACCAUCCUGAUUAGUGCAGAAGAUCAAGAAACAGCUUUGAAGAACUCUUUACAUGAUCUUUAUGUAGACUAUUUUGUACUGGACAAUGCAGAUGUGAAGGUCAUCAUGAUUUAUUUUAAUGGUGUCACAAUUGAAGCACACAGCUGUAUGGUUAGAGAAAUGAUAAGUCCAUGUCUUGAGUCUGAAGAAUGUCACAUGGAAAAUGAUGUUGCUGUGUGUCGGAAGUCCAAAAAAGAAACUGAUGAAAUCAAAUGGAUCUUGGGUCUUGCCAUUGGUAUUCCAUUAUUUGUCUUGUUGGUCAUAGUUAUUGUUGUUGUCAUUUUCUGCUGCUGCACUAAAAGGAAAGGUCACAAAAAGAUAGAAAGCACAGAGUUGGAGAAUAUUCACAAACCUCGAAGUGAACAUAAAAAAGUUAUUGAAAAUCAGUACACAAAUCCAAGCUUCAUAAACCAUGAGGAAGAUAAUGGCACCGGAAAAUAAACUUGAUGACUACAAGAGAAUAAAAGUUUUCCAUCCAAUGGAUUUGACUCAGUAUUCUUGGAGAGGAAGAAUUACAUAACAAAAACUUAGCCAGUUUGAAUAGUUUCUAAAUGUGAACUAGAAUAGUACUUUUCAUUUCAAAUCUCUCUCUCUGAUAUAGUGUUUACUGUUAAUAGAAUGUUUAGAUCUAAAAUAAAAAGUGCAUAUAGGAAAACUUCCUUUCAGGUGUCUGGAAGAAUCAUUUUGGGGUUUCAGUUGUUUUGACCAUUUUAGAAACAGUCAUUGUGACAUCAGGUGAAUGCUGACCAUUUAAAAAAAAAAAAAAGUCAGUAUGUGACUUCAUGCUCACAUUUUAGAGCAUUUUUAAGUAGAAAAAAAGAUUUGUAAUAAAUGACCAUUUAAAUUUUUUUUUAUGUAAUCAAUAAUGAAUGUGAUGAAUUUGUAUUAAGAUUAGUUAAAAUUGUAUCUAUUAUUUAUAUUUUUUGUUAUAAAACACUUUGAGUCCUUUAAAAAAAAAAAAAAUAAACUAAAUAAAAAUU